GAGGGAUAAUAAUAAUAAUAAUAAAAAAACCAAAAACUUGUGCUAUAUAAUGUUCCUUUGGUUUAUUAGUUUAAUUAUAAUUCAUUUAAUACGCGAGAAAAAAAACGUGUUGUCGAAUUACGCAACCAUGAAUUACGCAAAGGAUAAAAAGUUUGUGAAUUAAGCAGAUCAUCUAUCGUAAUUAACCCUCUACACUUUUAGAAUGUGAAGGUUACGAUUACAAUGCACCUAUUAACGAAGGGAAUCGUUCUAAAGGUCUGCCUAUUCUUCGUACUUUUUUUACUCCAAGGUGGCAGGUGCAUCAAGUGGCUAGCUCUCGGUCGUAUGGCCGAUACUAGAACGUGGUCGAAAGACGCAUGUACGAGUGCUAAAAGUUCUGGUCUUUUGGAAAGAAAACAAGCGAGAGCUUGCAGGGCAACACCCGAUGUGAUGCCGAGUUUGGUACAAGCAGCUAGAGAUACGUCAAUCGUUUGUCAACAAGCAUUUAGACAUCGUCGUUGGAAUUGCAGUAGCAUCGAAGGUGCUCCAAAUUAUACUCCGGAAUUAUUAACAGGAACUAGAGAACAAGCAUUCGUUUACGCAAUGUCAGCUGCAGCGGCUGUUUGGAGAUUGGCAAGGGGUUGCGCGUUAGGAAAUUUAGCAGCUUGUUCUUGCGCAACACCACCACGUAAAGAACCACCUUCGCCAUCGGCUCUGAUAUCAUCCACCUCGUUAGCGACAGCAACUAUGUCGUUUGGUGGACUUACUGGUAGAAAUUCGUUCAAAUGGGGUGGUUGCGGUGACGAUGUUAGGUCUGCCUCGAGAAUGGCUAAAAGAUUUCUUCAAGGUGCUACACCACCUGGUACAGGACAGACAUCCAAAUUUCUUCAUGCCGUUAACAUGCACAACAACAGAGCUGGACGAAGAGCAGUUGAGCAGUCAUUAACUUUGGAAUGCAAAUGCCACGGGGUUUCCGGUUCUUGCAGCGUUCGCACCUGUUGGAGAGGUUUAGGUUCUUCCGGUCCUGCGAUAGCUGGAACUCGUCUUUUACGAAGGUACGCCACUGCAGCCGAAGUUAAAUCUAGAUCUGGUGGUAGAUUACCACCGCUUUAUCAUCACGAUAAUCUAUUGUAUACCACCAAGAGUCCAGAUUAUUGUCUUCCGGAUAAGAAGAGGGGUAGUCUUGGUACCAUAGGCAGACAAUGUAACGGCAGUAGCACGGGUUAUGAGGGUUGCGAAUAUCUUUGUUGCGGUCGAGGUCACAUAACGAAAACCGAAGAAAUUCUCGAAAGAUGCAAUUGCAAAUACGUCAAUUGUUGCUACGUCAAGUGCAAUACUUGCAGAAGAAUCGUGGAAACAUACGAGUGCAAUUAAGAAACGAACUAUUUAUAUAUAUAUAUAUCUUUUUUCGCAAUAAAAUUUUUACACGUGGAUUUUUAUUAACAAUAAUCUUACGUGCAGGUAAUAUCUAAUAUUAUUUAUGAUGUAUUUUUCAGCGAUAUUUAUUACGUACCGUGUCUUUUUGUGUCGUUGCUUAGA